AUGCCGCCGGAGCUGGUGUUGUUCCCCAGCAGCACAGAGGAGGUGUCGCGCGUGCUGGCCGCCUGCAACGCGUCCCGCACGCCUGUGGUGCCGUUUGGCGCGGGCACGUCGAUCGAGGGCCACGUGGCGGCUCUGGCGCCGGGCAGCGUGUGCCUGGACAUGUCACGCAUGAACGCGGUGCUGCAGAUCAACGCCGCCGACAUGGAUUGCCGCGUCCAGGCCGGCGUGACGCGCAAGCAGCUCAAUGCAGAGCUGCGGGACAGCGGGCUCCACUUCCCGGUGGACCCUGGGGCUGACGCCACGCUGGGGGGCAUGGCCUCCACGCGCGCCAGCGGCACCAACGCCCGCGAGCAGGUCCUGGGCCUGACCGCCGUCCUGGCCGACGGCCGCGUGGCGCGGCUGGGCACGCGCGCCCGCAAGAGCUCCGCGGGCUACGACCUGGCCCACCUGCUGGUGGGGUCUGAGGGCACCCUGGGGGUCAUCACGGAGCUGGCCAUCAGGCUGCACGCGGUGCCGGAGGCCACCGCGGCCGCAGUGUGCGAGUUUGGGAGCGUGGAGGAUGCGGUGGAGGCGGUGACGGCGGUCAUGGCCAGCAGCAUCCCGGUGGCGCGCAUUGAGAUCCUGGAUGCGGCGGCCCUGAGGGCGGUCAACGCCUACAACAAGACGACCUUUGGGGAGAGCCCCACACUGUUCUUUGAGUUCAUAGGGAGCGAGGCUGGAGUCAAGGAGCACGCGGCGGCCGCGGGCGAGCUUGCUGCCGCCGCUGGUGGCCGCGGCUUCCAGUGGGCGACCAGCCCCGAGGAGCGGCGCAGGCUGUGGGAGGCGCGCCACUCGGCCUACUGGGCGUCACUGGCACUGCGGCCCGGCUGCAAGGGGUUCACCACGGCCAGCCGGAAAGUCAUAGAGGAGGCGGGGCUGCAGUCAACACUCGUGGGACACGUGGGGGACGGGAACUUCCACUUCAUCCUGCUGAUAGACCCUGAUGACCCCUCGGAGGUGGCCAAGGCAGAGGACGCGGUUCGCCGCAUGGUGCAGGUCGCAUGGGACGCGGGGGGCACCUGCACCGGGGAGCACGGCAUUGGCUAUGGGAAGCUUAAGUACCUGAGGGAAGAGCACGGGGAGGCACCCCUGCAGAUGAUGGCGGCCAUCAAGGCGGCGCUGGACCCCAACGGCAUCCUCAACCCGGGGAAGCUGGGCAGUGAUGCGGGGGACGCGGCCCUGUGGCAGGGGGACGACCACGUGCUGCGGCGGCGGGCAGGGGAGGCCUGA